GUCACAUCUUACCGUUUGAAUGUAGUAAACACUGAAAACUGCCCUUGCACGAUCAAGAUUACAGUAAACAUUCGACAGAGACUGGUAAAAUGGUUAUAAGCGAAAUUCACUUGAAGGUUUCAGAAAAUUACUCAUGAAGCGGUAUUGAAAUCCAUCAGUUAAUGGAGGAAGAAAAUUCAAAAGUGAUAGAUACACAAAAUAUAAGGAUAUUAAUUCAAAAUCGUCAUAUUCCACAAGAAAUUACUACAAACAUGCAAGUGCAUGAAAAUAGAGAAAAUGGUAUCUAUUCUUCAAGUAACAGUAAAGUACGUUGUGGAUCUCAAAAAAAGUUUGUUAACCAAUCACUGAUUAACGAUUCACAACAUUUAAGUGCAAAAUAUCAUAUAAGUGAAACAAAGAAAUCAAGAAAUCCAAAUGAACUUAAUGAUACAAGCAAUAAUGAUACACGUAAUAUGGUUAAGCCACAUGAGGAUAAAAUGUCGCCAUCAAUAAAAUGUUAUCCUAAAUUCAUAAGCAAUACCUGUGAAAAUUCAAUUACGACUGAAGUUAAUGCAAGUGUUAAUGAGUCAUCAAAUGUUAAAUUAACAACAUGUAUUGCCAGUAAAUCAGAAACAGAUGUUCAAACAACAAUGGAACAUAAAGAUAGACAGCCUAAGAUCCAAGAUAGUAAAAACAUGAAUUUAAUAGGUCAAAAGAGAAAAUCCUCAAAGACAACAAGUAAGAGGCAAAAUGAUAAGAGCGUUCAUACUCUUAAUACAUAUUCUUUACGAUCUUUAGAAAAAGCAAAAAAACGAGUUGAUACGAUUACAGAAAACCCAAGCACAAAUGCAUCAAAAAUAAAACCAAAGAAACACAAACAAACUAUGCGAAAGAAACCUGCGAAAGCUUCAGGCAAAGAUCAAACAAUACUAAAUGGAGAUGCAUUAACCAAUGAUGAACUUAAAACCCUAUAUAAAAAAUUUUUAUUUCAUGGACAUUUUCGCGCUAAUCCAAAUUUGCCACCAUUUAUCUUGCUUCUAGAGAACGGACAUAAUAAUAAUCCAGUGAAAAUCCACUGCUGCGCACCUAAACACUGUUGUGCUGAUUCUUCUCAAACUACAGUAAGUUCAAAUCAUACGGAUAAAAAAUGUAUGGACAACUUGAAAAAAAGUACAAACAACCCUAAAGAAUCUUCCUCUGAGAACAGGGAAAAUAUCCAACAUCAAAAAUGGAAGACUUGUAAUAGCCCAGUCUUUAUAGAUUUAACUACAUGUGGAUUGGAAACAUGUGACGCAAGCACUAAUACCGACGUUAAUCAGUUGAAUACAAUAAGCUCUAUCUCAAACACAAGUCAAUGGAAUCCUCUUGUCAGUACAGUAAAUAAUACACAAACACCAAUUGCCGGAAAUAGCAGCGACUAUGGGUACAUGCAUUGCAAUGACACACAACUGAUGGCUCAAUCUAAUAAUAAUCGACCAUUUCACAAGAUUAUAGGAUUAAGUUCCCCAAAAAAAUGCACUCCUUCAAAUACAUGGACUGAGAGUCCAACAUAUUCCAGUCAUGCCUUACAUUCAGCUAUAAAUAAUCAGUCUGCUAUAAAUAAUAGAAGUUUUAACAAAGAAAUUCCAAUCUUCAAUAAUUCAACAAUCCAAUCAAAUCAUUCAAACAUGUUGCCAAACGUUUUAAAUGCAACUUUAAAUAAUAACGACGAAUCAAGUAUGAAUACAUUUCAGUAUAUAAAUCCCAAUGUAUUCAAUAGACAUUCAAUAUUCAACAACUUUGUAGCAACAACAAACAGUAACAAUAAUGUAUUAUACAAUACAAGUCAUUUCUCUCCACCAAAAAGCAGUGAGAAUUUCGUAAUGAAUAGAAGUAACAACUUAGUCAAUUCUGGAGUUACAGUGCUACCAGUACGGAAUAAUUUUCAAACGCAACUUGAUCCACAGACAUACAACAAUAAUAUCUGUUAUGCUUAUCUUGGACAACAAACUAAUGGAACGAACAUACCAGUAAAUAACUAUCCAAAUUUUCUUGAGAAUAGUAUGCACAAUGUACACAAUGCAAAUGUUUAUCUCAAUUCGCCGAACGAUUAUACUGGAACUUCACUUACCAAUAGUAUUGGUAACAUUCAUACUCAAGGAAGCGGCAUGAAUUCUUUUGUCAUGCAAACGGAUUCAUCAGGUUCAAUUGGUCUCUUACCAAGUAUACAUACGAUUCUACCAAGAUCGCACGUAACUGGUGAAUCAUCAGUUAAUUUUAGACGGGAUAUUGAUAUAAAUAAAGUAGGAGAUAUGAAUAACAUUCAGGGCAAUAAUUGUAUUGGUAAUAGUCAUAUGGAACAAAAUGCCAAUUUAAAUACAAACAUUAUGAAUGAUCCAGAGUCAUAUCUUCCAAUUUUGUCACAAUUGAAACAAGAUAAAGAAUUAAGUGAGUGCGAAAAAAGUAUUGGAAAUCAAGAUUCAAACACAAUGGAUUCUGCAAGCAUUGACUUUUACCUGCAAACACAAUCUUCUAAGUCUCCAGACUGUAUGAUCAUUGACUCGGAGAAACCUGCGAUAUUGCAGAGCACUAAAUCAUCUAAUAUACAGCAACUUCGGCAAAUCUUGGUUGAUUUCACAAAGCAGUAUCCGAACCAUCAAGAAUCACUGUAUACGUCGAAUCAAUCCGAAAGUAAAUAUAAAGGAUCACCCGACAAUUUGGAACGGACUGCAUCCUGCAUAACACUUGAUUAAUAUUAUUUCUUAAAAUUUUAUUAUUUUAUACUUUCUGGUCAUUGUAUUACUAUUAUAAUCAAUAAUUUUUUUUAAACUGUUCAGUCAAUAAAAGUUCUUUUUACUGCAGCAAUUAGAUUAAUGAAAAUACAGAUGCAUAUGAAAA